AAAUCGAGAGCCGUGUCAGAGAUUCCCGUAUUAGAGGAUGAACUGGAUGAUGAAGAUGAAGACGAGCCGGCCCCACCUCCAGCAGUUGCUCCACGUCCUGAGCACACAAAAUCGAUAUACACUCGCUCGGUAGUUGAGCCCCAUCCAUCACCCCUAGAACCAACAGAAAACACCUCGUUGGAGGCAGACAAUGCAGCCAAGUGCGCAGAUAGAUUGAAGAAGAAACCCAAGAUGACAGAUGCGGAGAUCCUGGAAAGACUGAGAACCAUCGUCAGCGUGGGAGACCCAAAGAAAAAAUACACGAGGUUCGAGAAGAUCGGGCAAGGGGCAUCAGGAACGGUGUACAUCGCAGUGGAAGUGGCCACCGGUCAAGAGGUGGCGAUUAAGCAGAUGAAUCUGCAGCAGCAGCCGAAGAAAGAGUUAAUUAUCAAUGAGAUCCUCGUGAUGAGGGAAAACAAGAACCCCAAUAUUGUCAACUAUCUGGACAGUUACCUGGUCGGGGACGAGUUAUGGGUCGUGAUGGAGUACCUGGCUGGCGGCUCUCUUACCGACGUGGUGACGGAGGCCGAGAUGCAGGAAGGACAGAUUGCGGCUGUGUGCAGAGAGUGCCUGCAGGCCCUGGAAUUCCUGCACUCCAACCAAGUCAUCCAUCGGGAUAUCAAGAGCGACAACAUCCUGCUAGGCAUGGACGGAUCAGUGAAGCUAACUGAUUUUGGCUUCUGUGCUCAGAUCACCCCGGAGCAAAGUAAACGCAGUACAAUGGUCGGCACGCCAUACUGGAUGGCCCCCGAAGUGGUCACACGCAAAGCUUAUGGUCCUAAAGUGGAUAUCUGGUCUCUGGGCAUCAUGGCCAUAGAGAUGGUAGAAGGAGAGCCUCCGUAUUUGAAUGAGAAUCCACUCAGGGCCUUGUAUCUUAUUGCAACCAACGGAACUCCAGAGCUACAGAACCCAGGGAAGUUAUCGGCGACGUUCCGGGAUUUCCUGAACCGCUGUCUGGAGAUGGACGUGGAGAAGAGGGGCUCUGCCAGGGACCUACUUCAGCACCCGUUCCUGAAGGUGGCCCAACCUCUGUCCAGCCUGACGCCUGUAAUAGUGGCAGCAAAGGAAUUCAUAAAGAAAAACCACUGAGCCAUGGAGUCGCUGCUCUUGGCCUGGUUGUCUGCGAUGGAACUGUAUUCGGCCUCCUUUUAUUGUGUCUUCAGGCCUCAGGACAUCGAGGAGCCGCUCUGGAGGCACAAAACACGAGGCCUCCUCUCUGGACUCACACGGGACUGUGAACUCGGUUUUAUAUGUGAUUAACGUUUGUUUUGUCAGCGUCUCUUUAAAUGUAUUUUUAUGGUCUGGAGACUUGAUUG